GUGUCAUUUGGCUUCUUACGAUCUUCACCGAAUCAUACCAAAACUGUGAACGAAAAAGCACAUGUUCUAAGAUCUAGACUAAGUUCAUUGAACUUCCCAUGCUUUUAAAUACACAGUAGCUCAGCCUUCCUUCUUCCCAUCAAGCCACGGAUAGAAGAAAUCAAUGGCUUCUUCUUCUUCUUCUUCUUCCUUCCUCCACUUCUUUCCCACCAAAACCAGCCUUCAAACCCGUGAAGAUAGAGAGAACUUCCCUUUCCACUACAAGAAACACCAUUACUCCUUCCCUUCACAGAACAAAAUUAAUCAAGCCAAAUUAUACCGCUCAGGCCUUCAGCUCCAUUGUUCUCCUCUUGAGCACAGCUUGACCACCAGUAGUAUGUGCAACCAAACUUUGGAAUCUCCAUUGAUGGAUAAAAAAGAAGCUCCUUUGAGAAUUGCCAUUGUUGGUUUCGGAAACUUUGGACAGUUCAUAGCUCAGGGUCUGAAGCGCCAAGGUCAUCUAGUCAUGGCCACAUCCAGAUCGGACUACACCGAUUACUGCAAGAUGAACGGAUUCCAUUUCUUCAGGAGCAUGGAUGCAAUGUGCGAAGAAAAGCCAGACAUUUUCUUAAUUUGCAGCUCAAUCCUAUCAACUGAAAAGAUCGUCCGCACAAUCCCCUUUCAUAAACUCAAGCCUGAUACCAUCUUUGUCGAUGUUUUAUCAGUAAAACAGUUCCCUAAAAAUCUCUUCCUUGAGGUUCUCCCUCCAGAGUUUGGUAUCGUUUGUGCUCACCCCAUGUUUGGACCAGAGAGCGGAAAAGAUGGCUGGGCUGGUCUGCCAUUUGUCUACGACAAGGUUCGGGUCUUCAGUGAUGGCCCUCAGGCUCUAAACUGCCAACGGUUCUUAAACAUUUUCGAGAAUGAGGGCUGUAGAAUGGUAGAGAUGUCAUGCGAGGAGCAUGAUCGACAUGCUGCAGGAAGCCAGUUCAUAACGCAUACUAUUGGAAGAAUCCUAUCUCAAUUAAAUUUGGAGUCCACGCCCAUCAACACAAAGGGAUAUGAGACCCUUCUGAAGCUGACUGAGAAUACGGUCAGUGACAGCUUCGAUUUAUACUACGGGCUGUUCAUGUACAACGUCAAUGCUACAGAACAGAUUGAUAACCUUGAUAGGGCGUUUGAGACGGUGAAGCAGAAGCUCUUUGGGAGAUUGCACGAUAUUCUAAGAAAGCAAAUAGUAGAGAGAGUUCCCCUUCCUGUAGAAGUGAAUGCAGAACACAGAAGGAAGAAGAACUCAAUCUCUGCUCCUUCUUUCCUUCCUAAUGCUGAGGAAAUGAAUAUAAGGGAUAUUGCCUCCUUUGCUGUGCCCGGGGAAGUCAUUCCCAAUUCGAAGGCUCAGGCGCAAGGCAUUCGGUAAACUAAUGGUGGAGAGAGUAAGAAGGGCAUUUGAAGAAAUUUUUUUAGAAAAAUGGGGGUUAUGUAAUGAGAGAUUAUAAUUGUAUAAAAUUGAGUAAAUUAUGAUAUAAUCUUCUUUCUUCUUCUACCAAUUGUUAAAAUGAAAUAUAAGAAAUGUAUGCAUGCAAUUCUGAUAGGAUGAAGUAUGAUGUUUACAGCACUUGUUCUUCUUUUAUCAAUCAAUAAAAAAUUAAUUAGUUCCCUUUUA